AUGAAGGAUUUUGUGAGGUUACAAUCGUCUUUACUCUUGUGUGUGAUUUUGGCUUUUUUUGAGCAAAAGACAGCAGUGUCCGUAGGAUGUACCUCUUCUAUGUUCUGGGCAGUGGUGGAACCGACUCUACUCGGUCAAGGUCACUUUCUGCAUCCUGAUGAAGUGUCUCUGGGAAUUGGCUGCCCUGUAACGAACAUAACUUCUCAGGGGUAUGAGUUUAAUUACCUUGUCACCGAGUGUGGGAUUCAGAAAGAGGUUUUCUCCUAUGGAGUGAUAUUUUAUUCAGCCCUCCAUUAUAACAUAAUAAACAAAGGAGUCACUGGAAAAAUUCCUUUAAUGUGUAUUGUUUCCAGUGACAUGGAGUCAAUUCUAACUCCUGGAGACCCCGUGUACAGCAAGAGGGAACCCUGCCUGGUCUUUUGUGCCAUCUUCUCACCUUCCAGCGCUAUAUCAGAUAAUGCCCUGCUGCUGUUCACAAGAUUUUCAAGCUCGCCAUUUUUAGAUGACACUCCAGGCACUACCAACAACAAUCUCACAAAGUCCCAGGAUGGUCUUCCCUCUGACAAUUCUUGUCCUUCCUGGACCUUAAGCAACACUUGCCUGUUUGGAUUGCCUUGGAUCCCAUACUUCCAAGACUCCUCGGUGAAGCCAUUCUACCAGUCACUUCUACCUAAAAUGCCUCAUUCUUUAGUCCAUGAGAGUGCAAACGUGGCUACAUUCUAGGUGUUCUAGGUGAUUCUGUGAUAAUCUUGACAACUCGGUUGCUGAAGCAUUCUUAAAUUUAAUUUUUAAACCAAUCGCUAUAGA